UUCUCUUUGGUUUCAUCGAUUUUGUUGAAUUCUCCUUUCCUUCCAAAAAAAGGGACGUAUGCAUUUAAAUUAAGAGUCAAACCUUGUAUGUAUAUAUACCAACGGCUGUAAACUUCAGGAAACAAAGAAAAGCUUGUAUCCCCACAUUUAGCUUCUGGAAAUAAUGGAGAAUUAUUCUAAGGCUACUAUUCUCAUAGUCAGCCUUAUAAUCUCUAUCUUUCAAUUACAAGUUCACUUCUCGCAUGCUAUCCCCAAUCAAGAUGUUAGCUACAUGAAGUUUGUACAUAAUGCUACCGAUUUACCAACAAAAGAAGAAUAUGACUACAUAAUUAUAGGAGGAGGAACAGCAGGGUGUCCAUUAGCUACAACAUUAUCAUCAAAAUUCUCAGUUCUCCUUCUUGAAAGAGGCAGUGACCCCAACAAAUAUCCUUCUGUGUUGAAUGAAAAAGGUCUAUCGAAGGCUUUUGAUACAGAAGAUGAUGGCAAAACUCCGUUCCAACGUUUCGUCUCGGAGGACGGUGUAGAGAACAUUCGAGGGCGAAUCCUCGGCGGUGGAAGCAUGGUCAAUGCCGGGUUUUAUUCAAGGGGACAUAAAGAGUUUUUUGAAAGUGCAGGUGUUGAUUGGGACAUGGAAUUGGUGGAGAAAGCUUAUGAAUGGAUAGAAGAGAGUGUGGUAUCACAACCGAUUUUGAAAGAUUGGCAAUCUGCUUUUAGAAGUGCUUUGUUGGAAGGGGGUAUUGUUCCCGAUAAUGGGUUUGAUUUGAGUCAUCUUGUAGGUACUAAAACUGGAGGCUCUAUCAUUGAUGAUAAAGGAAAUAGGCAUGGAGCUGUGGAGCUUCUAAAUAAGGCCAAUCCCAAGAAUCUUAAAGUUGCAAUUGAAGCCACAGUCCAAAGAAUCCUCUUCUCUGACUUAUCGGCAAAUGGAGUUUCAUAUUUAGAUUCAAAAGGAAAGUUACACACAACAUUCAUUCAUGAAAAAGGAGAAAUCAUUGUAAGUGCAGGAGCCAUUGGAAGUCCUCAACUUCUCCUUCUAAGUGGGAUUGGCCCAAAAUCUCAUCUUUCAUCCUUAAAACUACCUGUCGUUCUUCACCAACCACAUGUUGGACAAUCGAUGUCUGACAAUCCCCGUUUUGGGACAAACAUUGUUCUUCCAUUCCAAGUGGUUCCUACAUCAGGAAAAGUUGUUGGCAUUUUACAAGACAAUAUCUAUUUCCAAUCUCUUGCUAGCCCUUCACCAUUCUUAGUUCCACCAACUUUCAGUCUUCUACCUCCUCAUCCCACUUCAAUUAAUCCAACCUUAGCCACUUUUUUUGGGAAAUUCUCCGAAGUUCAUUCCAAAGGCUCACUUAAACUAAAUUCCUCUAUUGAUGUGAAGAAGAGUCCCAUUGUUCAGUUCAAUUAUUAUUCCCAUCCCGAUGAUCUUGCUCGAUGUGUUAAAGGUGUAAGAAAAUUGGGAGAUGUGUUUAAAACUCCAACAAUGGAAAAGAUUAAGACCCAAGAUUUGAAGGGUAAUAAAGGAUUUAUGUUUUUGGGGCUUCCAUUGCCGGGAAAUUUGUGGAAUGAUAGCGCUGUUGAAGAAUAUUGUAAGAAAACGGUGGCUACUUAUUGGCAUUAUCAUGGAGGAUGUUUGGUCGGAAAAGUUGUGGACGGUAAUUAUAAAGUGAUCGGAACUGAAAAUUUACGUGUAGUUGAUGGAUCCACUUUCUCUAUCUCGCCAGGAACUAAUCCUAUGGCCACCGUCAUGAUGCUUGGCCGGUAUGUUGGCCUUAAGAUUGUGCAACAAAGCUCAAGUUAAAGAGUGUAAUUAAACUUGGGAAUCCAUGGUUGAAAUUAAUGUUAGUGCAAACUAAUUGAAUCAAUCUUGUGUGUGGUAGUGCUUGGACGGAGGUAACCUAUCCUUUUAGAGGAAAUGAUCAUUAAAGAUAAUUUUAAAAAGCUUCUAAAUAUAAGUUAAUGUGUUAUUGGUAUAGUUAGAAAUGUAUUAAAAUGGCUAGUCUAGCUUUUAUUUAUCUUAAAAUACUCGUAAAUGUUUCUAUGUCAUGACUAUGUAAGUGAUAAUUGUUGUCAAAUAUGUUGAACGAGAUGUGUGAAUUAAAGUAAUGAGAUUCUGUGUUAAGAGAA